AUGUCGAGACGUUCCAGUCCCUCUGUUCCCAACCAAAGUAAGUAAAAUUUGUCGGUUGAAUACAUUUCUAUCUGUUAUUGAGUAAGCUUAACGAAAAUUUGGUCAAGUUACGAUAGCAUUCGCGCGAAAGUAAGAAAACUCUCAUCUCGCUGCUGGGCAAUCUAUGACCUACUAAGCGUAGUAACAACCUUUUGGGAUGUUUCUAAAUUUUUAAAUUAAUUUGUGGAUGAUUACGAUAAAGAACACAACGUAUAACUUCUUGUGUAUUCACUGUUUACAUUUACAGGCGACAGCGAAUCGAGUGAUUCUGGCCUUGAUACUAUGUCUUCCUCUACGGGGAAUAGUUUUCCAUCCGAUUAUAUGGAUCUGGACGAAUUCUUGUCCGCCGCAAACAACCAAAACGCCCAAGAGAGUCAAGAGGUUCCCAAAUCCUGCGAACUGGCCAUAAAUCAUCCGGCAAACGGAGCUGUGAGGCCGGUUGCGACCACAGGCUGCAAGGAGGCGGUUGGUACGCAGGCCUCACCGUCGAAAACAUCAGCAGAAGUCAGUACUGUUCUCAACUCGAUAAUUUUGUCCAAGGUCUCUUCUCUACCUUUAAACGUUAAUCCACCAGCUAUUCAGCCUUUUGAAAGCACUUCGCAGCCAACUGCCACAAACGCUAUCAUCCAGUGGUGCAAAUCUGUAGGUAUCACACGGCAGGAGCAUGGAGAGGCGAUGGGCCCCGAACCGGGAAAGACCCCAGUGCGAAGGCGUAGAAAUUCUAGAUACGUGUACAAUCCCCUACCAAUAGCGAAAAAGGCAGACAGAAAGUUUGUCACGCAAUCUUCCAAGGAUGAAAAAUACUGGGAGCGCAGGAUUAAGAACAAUGUGGCGGCAAAACGUUCCAGGGACAUGAGGAGACAGAAAGAGAUUGAGCUUAGUGAUAAAUACAAAAACCUCGAGGAAGAGAAUACGCUUUUAAAGGAGGAAGUACAGAGACUGCGAAUCAAAGCAGCUGAGCUGGAACAAAGACUCGCGCAGAUCGCUCAGUUUCAAUCAAAUAUGUGA